CAUUUUCGUUGUUAAAAUCACGAAAACGAAUGUUUUUCGCAUUAGAUGAAUGCAAAAAUUUGUUAACUUCAUAUAAAGAGGAAAUGGAUUUCCUGAAAAAGAAAAAACCAUUGGAGAAAAUUUCAUUGGAAAAUGCCGCCUGUACAUUGGUUGAAAAUUCUGAAACAGAAUUCGUCAUCCAGUAUGUUUCAAUUUUUCCUUAA